CGUUCAAAGCGCGCAGAACUCAGAUACAAAACAAAACAAAAAAAGAUACUAAGAAAGCCAAACCAGUGACUAAGUUUGAAGAACAUUGAAGAUACAAACCAGUGACAAGUGCAACAAACAAACAGAACAGAACACAACAAAAUGAUUCACAACAGUAUAGCCCACUUGAUGGGACUGGGAAUGGGACUGACACUGAUCUUAAUGCUCACCUGGGCGCCUGUCCAAACAGAAGGCUAUGCCGUGGGCCAGUCCAAGUUCGGAAGGAUUGAGAAGUUCCCCUACCAGGUGAUGCUGAUCGGAAAGCAACUGUGGCGCAAGCGCAUCCUCUGCGGCGGAACAUUGCUGGACAGACGCUGGAUCCUCACCGCCGGACACUGCACCAUGGGUGUCACCCACUACGAUGUGUAUCUGGGCACCAAGAGUGUGGAGGAUACGGAGCAGCUGGGUGGACUGGUGCUGCGCUCCAACAAGUUCAUCGUACACGAGCGUUUCAAUCCGGAGACUGCGGCCAAUGACAUUGCCCUGGUCAAGCUGCCCAUGGACAUAGCGUUCACCUCCAGGAUUCAGCCAGCAUCGUUGCCCAGCAGAUAUCGUCACGAUCAGUUCGCCGGGAUGAGCGUGGUGGCCAGCGGUUGGGGCGCCAUGGUGGAGAUGACCAACUCGGAUUCCAUGCAGUAUACCGAGCUGAAGGUGAUCUCGAAUGCUGAGUGCGCCCAGGAGUACGAUGUGGUCACUGCGGGCGUGAUCUGUGCCAAGGGCCUGAAGGAUGAGACUGUGUGCACGGGCGAUUCCGGUGGGCCAUUGGUGCUGAAGGACACCCAGGUGGUGGUGGGCAUUACCAGCUUUGGACCCGCCGAUGGAUGUGAAACGAAUAUUCCUGGGGGCUUCACCAGGGUCACUCAUUACCUGGACUGGAUCGAGAGCAAGAUUGGGGGACGCAGGGCACCCCAACAGCACAGCAGCAGCAACAGCAGCAGCAGCAACAGCAGCAGCAGCAACAUCACCAGCAGCAGCAGCAGCAACAUCACCAGCAUCCGUACAGUGAUAACAAUCUCAUCUAAAACGGGUACUGGCAGCUCGUCCUGAAUCCUGACUGAAUCCCCUGAUAGCUUUAUAUAUUUAAAGAACUUCUCCAAUCUUGUGAUAUAUCCCUCAUCUGUACAUUGUUCUUAGCUUUAACUAUUUAAACAUCUAUAUUUAUUUUAGCUGUAAGACCUCAGAGUAGCGAGUUAAACUUUGGCUGCAAACAAAAAGAAAGCAACAAAUGCGAUGCAAA